UCUUAGACGACUACAUGCACGAUAAAUAACAGUUUAUGUGCUCGGUUUGAUUGAUAAAUAAAGGAUCAGAGGAGUGUGAAGCGGCGGUGGGAUGAUGCUCAGCAUCCAACAGCUGGGUUCAGGGAUGCGGUGCACAUCUGUAUGAGCGCAGCAGCUGCAGAGCGAUGGCCGGGACGUCCCCGGAGACGGCUCUGCUCGGGGAUGAAUAAACACAGCGAACGGGAGGGAUUCAGAUCCAUGUAUUCAGUAAACACCGACAUCAGCGCGAUGACGCCGUCGGUACCGGCCGGUAACGGGCUCCGGGGCCGGUGAUGCCGCCCGUCCGGAGCCGCCGUGGUCCCGGGAACAGCCAUGCAAGCCCGUGAGUACCAGCAGAUCGACCCGCAGGCGCUGCCCACCCCCCCGGCCCACAACACGGGCGGGAGAAGCGAGCCCCAGGGGCCCCGCGGGCCCCACAGGGUCCCCAGGAGGAAGUGGGAAGUUUUCCCCGGACGGAACCGCUUCUACUGCGAUGGACGCAUCAUGGUGGCGCGGCAGAGCGGCGUCCUGCCGCUGACGCUGGGCCUCGUCCUGCUCACCAGCGGCCUCUUCUUCAUAGUGGACUGCCCCUUCCUGGUGAAACACUUGGCCAGCUGCAUACCUGCCGUGGGCGGAGUCCUCUUCCUGUUCGUGGUCGUCACGCUGCUCCAGACCAGCUUCACCGACCCGGGGAUCCUGCCCAGAGCCACGCCGGAUGAGGCGGCCGACAUCGAGAGGCAGAUCGACGGCACCGGGAACCCCAGCUACCGGCCCCCGCCGCGCACCAAGGAGGUCCUCAUCAACCAGCAGGUGGUGAAGCUCAAGUACUGCUUCACCUGCAAGAUGUUCCGGCCGCCGCGGACCUCCCACUGCAGCCUGUGCGACAACUGUGUGGAGAGGUUCGACCACCACUGCCCCUGGGUGGGGAACUGCGUUGGGAGACGCAACUAUCGCUUCUUCUACGCCUUCAUCGUGUCGCUGUCCUUCCUGACGGCGUUCAUCUUCGGCUGCGUGACCACGCAUCUGGCUCUGAGGGCGCAAGGCGGGAGAGGACUGGUGUUUGCUCUGCAGGAGAGUCCUGGCAGUGCAGUGGAGCUGGUGAUAUGUUUCUUCUCCGUCUGGUCCAUCUUGGGCCUUUCGGGCUUCCACACCUACCUGGUUGCUUCCAAUCUGACCACCAAUGAAGACAUUAAAGGCUCCUGGUCCGGGAAGAGCGGGGAAGGCGUCACCAACCCCUACAGCCACAGGAACAUCUUCAUCAACUGCUGCUCCGUGCUCUGUGCCCCCAUGCCCCCCAGCCUGAUCGACCGACGGGGUUUCCUGCCAGCGGAGGAGUCGGUGCAGACGGGUCCGGACACCGAGCUGCCGACGCCGGCCAGUAAAAGCCAGAAGAACGUGUGCUCGCGGGGCCCCAAAGGCCUGCUGGAGUCGGCGGCGCUCUCUCCCCUGCUGUCGGCCUCGUGUCCUCGGGGGAAACCUCCGACGGCUCGGCCCGGCCCCGACCAGAGCUCCCCCGUGACCUCCGACCCCUCGCCGGAGCGCUCCGAGACCUGCGGGGGCCGCCGGGCCCGCCGGGCCCCCAGGUCCAGCGGGACCAACUCUCCUCGCCGCCACAGCAGGAGCCACUCCAGGAAGAGCAAGCGGGCCGCUUUACAGAUCGCUAACCCGACCUUCGACCUCCCCGCCCCCCCGACCCCGCCGGACUCUGAGCCGGGCUCCAAGACCAGCGCCUCCCCCUGGUGCUGACCGACCCACGGCCGAGUCUGCAUGCUGGACCGCGGUCGGACCCGCGUCCUUUCUCAUCCGCCGCUUUACUUUCCCUUCCAGUGAAGGUUUGUGGGUCCGGUUCCUGAGACGGUCCAGACCGGGUUCUGGUGCGAUCGAUCUGCAGGGGCCGCGACGGGCCCGAGAAGGUCCAGACGGCGGUGUG